CCAGCAGCUAUUUCUCGGCUCUGGGGCCGGAGGUGGCAGGAGGCGGCAGGGAACGGGGGUUCGGGUGUGUUUGUGUGCCCGUGUCCCACCCCGGCGCUGUGAGCGGGGUAUCCGCGCCCCACACCUGCCCCAGACAUGGGGGGCUGGCUCCGCAGCGCCUGGAUUUUGCCCCUGUUCUUGGCUGGGCUCGUCCAGCCGGGACAGGGGCAGGAGAAGGAGAAGGUGAAGUGCUACGGCUCGGUGGAGGGCACCAUCUACGACUACGGGGCCCUGACCAUCGAUGGGGACGAGUAUAUCCCGUUUAGGAAUUAUGCAGGGAAGAUGGUGCUCUUCGUCAACGUGGCCACGUACUGAGGCCUCACCCUGCAGUAUCUUGAACUGAAUGCACUACAAACCGAGCUGGGGCCCUACGGGCUCGUUGUCCUGGGCUUCCCCUCCAACCAAUUCGGGAAGCAGGAACCCGGCCAGAACUCGGAGAUCCUCCCUGCGCUGAAGUAUGUCCGGCCAGGUGGUGGCUUCGUCCCCAAUUUCCAGCUCUUCCAGAAAGGGGACGUGAAUGGGGCCAAGGAACAGAAGGUCUUCACCUUCCUGAAGAACGCCUGUCCCCCGGUGGCAGAGGAGUUUGGGAACCCCAAGAACCUCUUCUGGGAGCCCCUGCGGAACCACGACAUCAAGUGGAACUUUGAGAAGUUCCUGGUGGGCCCCGAUGGUGUGCCCGUGAUGCGCUGGUACCACCGCGCCAACAUCGCCGUCGUGAAGAACGACAUCAUCGCCUACAUGAGGCAGCUGCAGGAGCAGGGCCAGUAGAGGCUGCUGGCUUGAGGGGUGCUUGUCCCCUCUGCUGGCAUCCCCAUGGCUGCUUUGGGGCUGGCUCCCCAUCCCAUCAUACAUCCCAGCAGCUGUCUCCCCCAUCACUGUUCUCUCUGGCACUCCCAGUGGCAGAGACCUCGGUGACGGGAAGGGGACAUUCCCAAUAACCCAUAGCCCACCCCAGCAGUGGCAUCUCAUCAGCUUUCCCGCUGCUCCAUCACCCCGCGUUGCCAGACAGCAGGAGGAUGCAGGGGCCCCUGCCCCUGGAGUGGAGGACCACGUCUCCAUGAAGGCUCGGCCCGAAAGCCCCGGCCUGGGGCGGGCCAGGCCUGAUCCCACCGAGCACGGAGCAGCUCUUCAGUGCAUUCAAGCCGCCCGUGGUGCCGGUGCAGAGACGCGCUCCUCUCCUGGUCAGGGGAAGCUGGCCCCUCGUCCCCAGCACCGAAAUGCCAAAUAAAGGCUCUGCAAAUGUGCAA